CCACUCUGAGCUCGAGCUUCCCGAGGCUCUGGGCAGUGCUCUGCGUUGGCCUGCUGCCCUGGUGGUCGGCGACCAGAGGUGGGCGUCACGGGAAGAGCCCUCCACGAAGGGAGGCCUCGGAGGAUCAGGCCAGCUGCAGAGCUUUCCAGGUGGCCCGUUGCCUCAGAGACACACGAGGGACACCCACAUGUCAAAUCAAGCAGCAGAGGUGGGCUGGGCAGCCCAGUAGCUGUGAGCAGAGCCAAGAGGAAUCUGGACUCACCAGGCCUGGAGAUGGCUGGAAACUGCUCUUGGGAGGCCCAUCCCACCAACAGGAACAAGGCAAGUGUCACCAGGCAGCUCCUGUCAGAGGGGGCUCCUCUGCCCGGGGCUGCAAGACAGAUGUGUCCCGGUGUGAGCGAGGCCCCCGAGCUCUACAGCCGUGGCUUCCUGACCAUCGAGCAGAUCACCAUGCUGCCGCCGCCGGCCGUCAUGAACUACAUCUUCCUGCUUCUCUGUCUGUGCGGCCUGGUGGGCAACGGGCUGGUCCUCUGGUUUUUUGGCUUCUCCAUCAAGAGAAGCCCCUUCUCCAUCUACUUCCUGCACUUGGCCAGCGCGGACGUCGGCUACCUCUUUAGCAAGGCCGUGUUCUCCAUCCUGAACACAGGGGGCUUCGUGGGCGAGUUUGCUGACUACGCCCGCGCCGUGUGCCGGAUCCUGGGGCUCUGCACGUUUGUCGCCAGCGUGAGCCUCCUGCCAGCCAUCAGCUUGGAGCGCUGCCUGUCGGUCGUCUUCCCCGCCUGGUACUGGCGCCGUCGGCCCAAACGCCUGUCGGCUGUGGUCUGCUCUCUGCUCUGGACCCUGGCGCUCCUGGUCACCAGCAUCCACAACUACUUCUGCAUGUUCCUGGGCCACCAGGUGUCGGGGGCGGCCUGCAGGCACAUGGACGCCUUCCUGGGCAUCCUGCUGUUCCUGGUCUUCUGCCCGCUCAUGGUACUGCCCUGCCUGGCGCUCGUCGCGCACGUGGAGUGCCGCGCCCGGCGGCGCCAGCGCUCCGCCAAGCUCAACCACGUCAUCCUGGCCAUGGUCUCGGUUUUCCUCGUGUCCUCCAUCUACUUAGGGAUCGACUGGUUCCUCUUCUGGGUCUUUCAGAUCCCGGCCCCCUUCCCCGAGUACGUCACCGACCUGUGUAUUUGCAUCAACAGUAGCGCCAAGCCCGUGGUCUACUUCCUGGCCGGGAGGGACAAGUCGCAGCGGCUGUGGGAGCCCCUCAGAGUGGUCUUCCAGCGGGCCCUGAGAGAUGGGGCCGAGCUGGGGGAGGCCGGGGGCGGCACGCCCAACACAGUCACCCUGGAGAUGCAGUGCCCCUCGGGGAACGCCUCCUGAGAGGCCGGCAGCUGGAGGGGAGGCAGGGGCCAGAGUGGCCUGUGGCCUCCGGGGCCCUUUGUGGAGGGACAGGAGCAGAGGAGCUGCCCCGGUGCCCGAGGGCAAGGAGAAGAGUCUGCUUCCUGCCUCACGUGCCUCCUCCUCCUGCGCUGAGGCUGUGGGAGUGGCCGAGAGACAGGAGCCGGAGCAGCCGCCUGCAGACAGGCCCUGGGGCCGCACCAGGCUCUCCCCAGCCCUUGUCCUUUUUCCACGACCCACUGUAUGGAAGUUGCCCCCAGGUGGGGCUCCUCCUUGCCCCAAGCUGGUCAGGAAAGGAGCAGAAGGGGUCACCCGCCCACCUCCUGCCCCAUUAGUCAGCCCUCCUUGUAAAGAACAGCCGGCACCUGCGCCCGUCAGGCCAGCAGACUCGUCCCACCGUCCGGACACCUGCUGUCUCCAUCCGGUCCUCUCAAGUCAGCACUGUGAGCAGACCUGCACGAGAUGGUGCUAUUGGGGACAGGGUUCUCCCUACCCUGCCUUGCAGCUCAGUCUUUCUGCAGAUGACGCCUUGCCCCCCAGUGAAUCCUUUGGAGACUGAAAUGGGGCUUUCUGUCUUGGCGAUGAGCUGGACACAGGAAGGACCCUCGGCCGGCUUGGGUGGGUCACUCUCUCUUCUGACUCCGUGCCGGCCAGUGUGUCCGAGCUGCCAUCAGCCUGGUCUCUGAGGCUCCGGGGGGCCAUCCAGGCCAUCUCUGGGCCCCUACCCAAAAGUGGGCACUGGCUCCACCUGGCUACCUUGACCCACCUGCAGGCACAGUGGCCCAGUGUAGUCAAGGGAAGUUUUAUGAGAGACAAUCAAUGUGUAUCAAUAAACAUUUCUAUCUUGCACUGA